AUGAAUGAAUUAACCAACUGCCUGCAACUAACAAAGGACUCGUCGUCUGGUCCAGACAAUAUUCCCAACAGACUGCUAAAAAACCUCCCCGAGACUGGAAGAAGAUAUCUACUCCAAAUAUACAACUGCAUAUGGACCCAUGAAGUCUUCCCUGACAAUUGGAAAAAAGCCAUAGUUGUCCCAAUCCUAAAACCUGAAAAAGACAAAUACAAACCAGAGAGCUAUCGCCCAAUUGCUUUAACCAACAAUAUGUGUAAACUUCUCGAAAAAAUUAUUAACAAAAGACUUCGCUGGUUCCUUGAAAGUAACAACCUUCUGUCCCCAACCCAAUAUGGAUUUCGUGAAUACCGCUUCACAACGGACGUACUUACCAACGUCCAUACAAGGAAAUCAACUAUCAUUGACUGGUAUGUUGAAUUUAAAUGCGGUCGUACAAGCACCGAUGAUGCUGAACGCUCUGGUUGCCCAAAAUCAGCAGUUGUUCCAGAAAACAUAAAAAAUGUCGACAAAAUAGUUCUAAAAGACCGUAAACUUAAGUUGCGUGAGAUAGCUGAUGCCUUGAAGUUAUCAGAAGAACUUGUCUCCUCCAAGAAAACGGCACAUAUUACAUGGAUCCCCUCACACCAAGGAAUAAGUGGAAACACGCAGACUCCAGCGCCAAAGAAGCAACCACCAUGCAGUCCGAAUUCCAGCCAACACCUAUCCCACACAGGAAUUCAUCCACCACUACAGAUGCAAACCGACCUGAGUGGAGGACCUGGUCUCGCUGUGGUAGCGGGAGAUGUACUUGCUCUCCGCGGAACAGGACUUGCUGCUGCCGAAACAUGGGCUCUCCUAUGUCAGGCAGCCCAGGCCCUCCAGGACCUGUUCUUGUCAAAUGGUGGUGUGGUGGGUGGUUCGAGGGUUGGGCCAGUGGUAACACCUCACACCUUGGAGUUAACGCCACGUGGUAGAGUUUUAUUACAACUUGCACCACCGGAAACUGCUCGAGCAUAUCUGCCACCCGAAUAUCGACCGGGUCGUGUAUAUUCCGACACUGACUCUGAAAAGAUGUGGAUGUAUUCGCUGGGAAGGGCAUUAUUGGACACGACCCCGAGAGUCGCAGCACUGACAGGAACGGUUUCCGUUUCACCCUCGUCUGCGCUUCAGUCCGUUCUAGCAGCCAUGACGGAACCCGAUCCUCGAAGACGAGCUUCCUUGAUGAAUCUUCUAGAC